AUGUCAGAACAACCUCCUUUCUUAGGCUUUUGGAUGUCAGCUCAUCUAAAGCUUUUGGACCGUUCCUCUUCACAGUGCGUCGCCUGCUCAGUGGUGGAGCCAGUGCGCAAGCGCGUGGUGGCGAACGUGUCGGCCGCGACGCCCGAGUUCAGCAUCGGCGACCUCGCCCCGGGACUCGACUACGUGGUGCAGGUGUUCGCUUAUAACAAGCAGGGCAGGUCGACCCCCUACCUGCUCGACGGCUUCUCGCUCAAGGUCGCCGAGAACCGCAUGGACUCAGGUUCUGGUGGGCCGAGCACGGGCGCCUCCCCGCUGCUGGCGCUGUUUGUGGGCGUCGUGGCAGCCUUUGUCCUCACGCUUACCGUCAUCAUCGUGGUCACGAAACUGCGGUGUAGGGCGCGAGCGUCGGCGCAGGACCGCGGGGAGGGCGCGGCUGCCGCUCGCGGAGACGACAGCGAGGAUGAGGGUCUCCGCGGCCGUGGCGCCACGCUGGCCAGGGAGGGCAGACGGAGCUCCGUCGAGGUCAAGCUCAUGUCCGUCAUGAGGCACGAGGAGGACGACCUGGCAGACGACGUCCUAAAGCAGCAAGCGAAGACUCGAAUCCAAGAGCACGAUCCAUCUCAGGAAUAUACCCGCUUAGAGUCCAAGACAACGUCAGAGUCCUUGUACAGUUCCUGCUCUAGUAAUAGAUCAGUAAAAAGAUUUGGUAACUACAUUAGGGCAUCCACUGAUACUCCCAUGAGAGCGUACCUCAUUGUCACUGUGAUGCGUAUGUGCCCCUCAAAAGCCUGUGAGCAUGAGCUGAGUGUUGAGAUAUCGAAUGAAUUUAUUGGUUUGAGGAUUCCACGUGCUGAGAAUGCACACACUUUCACUGAAUUAAAGUAUCAAGCGGAACGUGACCAAAGUUUAUAUUGA